UAAAAACACAUUAUAAUUAGUUCCAUUAUUUGAUACCUGGUGUUCUUUGAUAUUGAUAUAGAGCCUCGAAAAAUGAAGACGAUGUUCGAAUUAAUCUUUGCUGUGUUAUGUUUGUGUUCUGUUUAUAUUCAUAGUCGUCCAACAGAUUCUGAGGAUCCUUCAUAUCCAGGUGAAUUGAAAGAUGACCCUACAAUACAUGAACAGAAUAUUGGAAUAAAUGUAAAAUGUUUAACGGAGGGUGAUAUUGUUCGUAAAGGUUGUAAAACUCGCCAGUCUGUGAAUAAUUAUCAACAGACGUGGACAGUGAACAAAAUUCCAUAUGUUUUUAUACAGAACAACUACACUGCUGAGGAAAGAAACUUUAUAUUGACAACAUUCGAAAGGGUUGUGUCCUUAACAGGCAGAUGUAUUAUCUUUACUCCGCGAACAACUGAGAAAGAUUACAUUUAUAUAGCGAAGGCAGGAGGGUGUUACAGUGAAGUUGGAAGAAUAGGCGGCCCUCAAGUUCUAUCUAUUGAUGUCCAUUGUUUUAGAUAUCAUACAACCAUGUUUAAUGGUACCAUUUUGCAUGAAAUUAUGCACACACUCGGAUUCUGGCACGAACAUACACGUCCAGAUAGAGAUCAAUAUAUAAAAGUGAACUACGACAAUGUUGAGCAAGCUCACCAUUUUGACUACGAAAAGAUGGACAUAACUGAAACUGGUCUCAAUGACAAGAAGUAUGAUUAUUAUUCAAUAAUGCAUUAUUCUACAAGAACUUUCGCAAAAGACAGACAAAAACCCACAUUUGAACCAACACAACAUGUUGAUAUGCAUGAUAUUGGCCAAAGAAAAUACCUGUCUGAUGUAGAUAUCAAAGGAAUUCAACAGUUAUACCAGUGUGGGAAGCCGAAAGUAUGUGCCGAGCCAGUCAUACACAUCUAUGGUUACCCUGUUGUAAAACUCAAGAAUUUUCCAAUUACUGGUUCAAAAGUACGAUACUCCUGUAAGAACCAUUACACACUGGUAGGAUCACCAGAACGAUUCUGUAGGAACGACGCAAAGUGGUCAGGUGACGAUCCAUACUGCUUGGGAUCCAGUGCCACAAAUAUAUAUUGCAAUUUUGACAAAGAUAACUGUCAGUGGGCUUCGGACUCGGUAAAUAAUAGAUACCAAUAUGGAAUAUGGAUACGACACAGUGGAACAACAGAUACAGAUCAAACUGGGCCCGUCUUUGAUCAUACAUGGGAAACGUCAGACGGUUACUAUAUGUAUGUUGAGAGUUCACAGAACAGAGGAAAAAAAUUCAGAAUGAGACUUUUUGAUGUCCCGGCUGGAAUCUGUAUGUCAUUUUAUAUACAUAAAUAUGGUAAAGGCAUAGUUCCUGGUUCGCUUAGGGUGUUUGCAUCACAAAAUAGAGGUACACGUGAGAAAAAGAUAUGGCAAGAUAACGAAAUAAGUUCAACGGAAUGGAAGCGACAACUCAUUUUAUCAGGAAUAACUGGGCCAUAUGGAUUGAGAGAAAAGAUGGAUAUCAUAUUUGAAGCUGAAGUUGGAACAAGUACAUAUUACUGGGACAGUGACAUGGCCGUUGAUGACAUUGUCAUUGCAACCUGUGGUCAGAUUAAAGACUAUGACAGUUGGUUAGAAAGACAAUCAAAAACAACGAAAACUAUUGUAAAGAUUGCAAGAUUCACAUGAUUAGUGAUAAAGCUGUUAAAUCGGUACAGAGCUUUAUAUCGAAUAAUUUAUUUUUUUUGUCUCGUGUUACAUGAAGUUUUAUACUGUUAUAAUAAAAUA